AUGGCUUCUUCUUUAGCUCUUCGGUGCUAUUUAUGUAGUUCUUAUGUCCCUGAUAUUGGAUUUAUAAGGAUUAUUUGUUUCGAUACAUUGAAUAUGGCUUCUUCUCUAGCUCUUUGUCGGUAUUUCUGUUGCUCUUAUGCACCUGAAUUUAGAUUUAUAAGGAUUAUUUAUCUUCUACACAUUUAUUAUGCCUUCUUCUCUAGCUAUUCUGCGUUAUUUCUGUAG